AAAAAUAGCAUCGGAAACGGAGGCAAUUCUACUUGGCGUCGCCCGUGUUGGCGCCGCGCUUGAGUCUCCCCUUCCAUGGAACACGAGGAUGAGCUGCAAUCUCCCCCCGAGGCAACUCACACUGGGACAUCCACGUCACCAAUGGAAUCUACUCGACCUGCGCAGAACCACCCACCGCAGCAGUCGCCGCUGAUACGCGCAACGUCCAUCACAAGCUUGGUCAAGCCGUCCGUCGGCGUCGCCAAGAGCAACAAAGAGAGUCGGGCGCAGGAGGCACUUGCAAUGAAAGACGAACAGAUGCGGAUCCUCAGCGACCAGAACACGCAGCUUCUGGCGACGUUGAACCACCUCGACGACGAGCUACAGGCGCUCAAGAUGGAGAAGGUCCAAUGUGACGACGAGAACCGGAGCCUGCGGGACGCCAACUUUGAGCUGCAGAGUCGGAGUCGGGCGUCGGAAGCAGUUGUGAAGAAGGCGGAGAGCAACAUGGAAGAGCGCGAUAUGCAGAUCAAGGUGCUGACGGACCAUAACAGCGAGCUCCUGCGGCUCCUCGAGAUUGAGGAGGGACAAUCUGCUGUCCUCGGCAAAGAGAACGCUCAAAUGAAAGCCGAGGCGGAAACAUUGGCUAGCAAAUACACGUCGCUCAUGACGACGGCAAAGAUGCACGAAGAAAUGGCGGGCCGCGCCAUGCGGGACGGCCAGCUUCGCGCCGAGGAAGUUCGGCUGCUGCGCAUCGACGCUGACCAACUGCGCACGUCCAACAAUGAGCUCAAAAUGAAGGCGCAGGUCGAGCUCGAGUCGCUCCACGAACAACUGCGCGUGCGCAAGGAAAAGCAGUACCAACUGCUCGAGAAGAUUCAGUCGCUGGAAGAAGCGAAGCGACAGAACGACGACACCCUCCACGGCAUGGAAGAAAAAAUCCGCCAGCUCGUCGAGCAAAGUCAAGAGCGGGACAUGCAAUUGCAGCUCGAAUCCAAGGCGAAGCGAUCGCAGAUCGACGCGAACAAGCACUUGCAGGCAGACAACGACCAACUCGCGGCGGACAAGACGACGUUGCAAAAUCGCCUCGAUAAGGCGGAGCAGGAGCGGACGCGAAUGGAAGCAGAGAAUCGCGACUCGGCGGACCAGUUGCGCGAGAUGGCGGAAAAGGUAUUUCAAUUGCUCGAGCGGCUGAAACUGGCCGAGCUGGGCAAAACCAAGUCGCUGGACGCGCUCAAGCAAAAGGAGGUCGAGAUGCUCUCCCUCAAGAAGAAGAACGCGCGGCUCCUCAAGGACGUGACGCAGGAAGGCAAGUCCCGCGUCAAGAUCGAAAUGGACAAGGACGUGUUGCUCGAGCAACUCCAUGCGUUGAAAAAACACAAUAGCCAGCUGAGCAUUCGAUGCCGGGACGAGGUCAAGGGCAAACUGAAAGAGGCCGAGGAGCGCGCGCAGCUGGCCGAGAAACUCAAAACCAUGAGCUCCCGCGUCACAUUUCUGCUCAACAAGAUGCAAGUCGACGAAGAAGCCAAGCUGUGCACGAAGGAAGAGAUGAAGAAGAUGCAUGCACAGAUCUUGAGCAUGCAGGACAAAAACGCGGAGCUAACGCAGAAGCUCGCGACGACGGGCGAAAGCAACCGCGUGGUCACGGAAGCCCUCCGGACCAAACAAGACGACUUGGAUGCGCUCACAAUCAAAUUCGACGCCCUGCAGCAAAAGAUGGUGGCGCAAGCCAUGCACGACCCGGUGGCAGUCGACGUCGAAUUGAACAACAACCGCGGUAACAACGACGGCUACGCGGACGAUAAGGAAGCCGAAGCGUCCGGUCGGUUCUUUGUCGAAUGCCGCGCGUCGCACGGCGGGUUGCUCGUGAUUAAGCCAAAGCGAAGCACGCACGGGUGUCCCGAGUACCUUGACAAGCUUGGGAUCAAUGCGUACUUGAAAUGGGCGCAAAAGCAGCAAAACACCAAGCACCGCCUCGUGGAAAAGAUCGCGCUCCUGUGCCACCAACUCAUGGUCACCGAAGAAGCGACGCUGGCGGUCCAACAAGUCCUCGAGAGCAAGCAGGACCAUUUAGACCAUGUGGGGAAAAAAUGCCAGUGGCUCCAAGAGAAGCUCGCGGUCGAAGAAGAUGCCAAGCGGAAGACCCUGAUACGCUACGUGCAUGAAGUCAAGUCCCAAGUCCCGGCCGACAGCGACGCCAAGCUCAGCUUAAAGUUGCCAGAAAGCAGCAUCGGCGACGAAGAAGUCCAUGCGAUUGCUGCGCUCUUGCGCAACAACAGCUCGAUUCACGACUUGCAGCUUCACGGCAAUGCCAUCACGAGCGAGGGGGCGCGUGCAAUUGCAGCGAUCUUAGGCUCGGCAACGACCGGACUCAAGCACAUCGACCUGCGCAAGAAUUUUGUCGGGGACGACGGCAUCAGGGUGCUCACGGAAGCUCUCGAGCGCAACCCUCGCAUCCGGCAUGUAUAUGUCCAUGCAGGGGGAAAAAUCGAGGCGCUGGGGGCAAACAGGACGUCGAGCAACCAGGAUGGGAUCGUCCAGGUCGAAACGGUCUGUGUCAUCGACGUGCGAGAGAACCAGAUCAAGGGGGCAGAUGGGGCGAACGACAUGCCCGACGAGUUGAUGGUGCGGCCGACGGGGGACGGCGGCGCCGCCUCCGUCGGUCCAUUGACAUCAGGGAAUGAGCUGUUUUCGAAGCGGCCGUCGGCUUUAGCGUUGGCGAACGCGUCUGUACAGGAAAAGAAGCGCGAAUGGCAGCGCGUGCAAAAACAAAAGAAACAAAUGCAGAUCGAUCGAGAAAAGCUCAAGCAAAAGGAACUCCAAUGGCAAGGACGCGCGGGGGGGCUCGAGCUCUCAGCCAAGGCGAAAAAGACGGCGCUGCCUCCCCUGGACGACGCGGCACUGGAACGGUCGGCAUCGGUUCCACACAUGAAACUCAGCGAAGAGCAACGGCCAACGUCCAGUGGCGCAGAAGUGAACACAUCGACUGGGUUAGGUAGCGCGAAUGUGAAGGAAGCACAGGCAGCACUUGCCGCGACACUGGACGACGGCGGCGGGUCGCCCGAGAAGAGGAAGAAGCAUCCGAGCUCUAGCGCUUUUAGUCGAAGGCUGAAGGACUCUCCAUUGGCAAGUAGCAAAACGUAACCUGUCAAAUGGACGUCCGUCCCCGAGUUGGACGAGUUGUAGUCCUGUGGUAGUAUAAACAAGGGAGCAUAUGAAGAAGCAUG